CCUUUUUUUUUUUCAUCCUAUUUUUCUUUUCUCCUUCAUCACCCUUCUCCCAAAGCUGGCUUAUCUCUUCUUAUUCAUCAACCUUUCUUCACUUAGUUGCCUUUUUGCCAAACAAUCUUGUUUCAUCUCUCAGGUCGCCAAAAUUCCAUACAAAGAAAUUGAUGGUUUGGAAUUCGAAAUUAGGGUAUUGUGAAGAAGGAAGACGUGGAUUUGUAUAAGAAGCUCAAAGGUGGUGCUGCAUGGCGGAAGUAGAUGCCCAAGCUUGCUAUUUUGCUUGGCCUCUCUGAUAAAAUGCCUAGUAUCAAAUCUGUCUCCGUUAUACUAGAGGUGCCUGUAUGCUUUUAAUGCUGUCACUAGAGUUUGGCAUUAUACCAAUUGUGGUGCCAGUUGGUGUUCGAGAUUUUGACAUUAAUGGGGAACUUUGGGUCAAAUUGACAUUGAUACCAACAGAGCCUUUGUAGGAGCUGUUUCAUGGGCUUUCGUUGCACUUCCAAAAAUCAAAUUAGUGUUGUCACCAUUCCGCUUGUUCAAUUUAAUGGCUUUAAUAUGAUAGGUGGAUUUGUCAACAUUAGAGAGGCUGUUGGCAAGGUUGAAGGUGAUUUUUCAUGCACGGUGGAGGUCCAACGAGCAAUUCCCAUUCUAGCAAAAGCACGUGGUGACAGCAUGCACAAAAUUCUGCAUGUUGGCCCUGAUACUUGUUCAGUGGUUUCUAAAUUGCUAAAGGAGAAAGAAACUGAAGCCUGGGGUGUGGAAACAGAUGACAUACAAGAUGGUGAUAGAAACUGCAAAGCUCUUGUGAAGAAAGGCAUUGUGCGUGUUGCCGACAUCAAGUUUCCACUUCCAUACAGGCCACAAUCAUUUUCUCUUGUAAUUGUUUCAGAUGCAUUAGAAUAUUUGUCUCCUAGGUACCUUAACAAGACCCUUUCAGAUCUGGCAAGGGUAUCUAUUGAUGGGCUUGUGAUCUUUACAGGCUCUCCUGGUCAUCGGAAAGCUAAAGUUUCAGAAUCCAAAUAUGGAAGGGUGGCUAAGAUGAGGAGUUCAUCCUGGUGGGUCAGGUAUUUUGUUCAGACUAGCUUGGAGGAGAAUGAAGCUACUAUCAAGAAGUUUGAGCAUGCAGCAACAAAGAUGUCAUAUGUCUCAAAAUGCCAAAUUUUUCACCUUAUGCCAUUCCAUUAACAUUUUGAAUUUUUUUUUUUUUUAAAUUUUUUAUCAGUUUUGAACUUGGAGGUGUUAUUUUUGAUAAUUCAUCUCAGAUGAUUUUUUCGGUAGGAGACUAUCAAUCUUUCCCCUCAGCUGUAUUGUUCAUAAGAAUAUGAAUUGUAUUAUUUUAUUUAAGUUAUUAUUUUGCAGUUAACGCAAGAAUGAGUGUGGUAUGUGUUCAGAAGCGUCCUAUAUUGUUAUCUGAGUACGCUGAUUGUUAUAUAAACAGAUACUUUGGUACUCUCAGUAUCCGCUUGGUU